AGCUUGCUGCUUUUUAUAGUAUAUAACAUUCACUAUUUGUUGUAACCGUCAAACCGGAUUUGUGAGUUGUUUAUUUGGGGGACAUUCGCUAUCGAUCAUGCGGCUGGUGUGGAUGUUUGGCGCGCUGACCUUUGUGGUAUUCUGCAUGGAGUCGGACGUGUCAGCCUGGCUCAUCACGGCUCCCAUGCCGCCUCCGGUGCGUGAUGGUGUAGUGGCCGGUUCGGGAUCCGGACAGCCGGCUGCUCUGCCAUACCUAGCCGCUUCGUUGAACCGCAAAGCCGCACGUGUAGCAACAGCCGAAAAGGACAAAAAUUACCGGCUGGGAUUACUACUGCUGCACAUGUGCAACAAUCCGGAACUGGCCAAAUUCCCCUUCUCGGAUGAAUUCUGGGGACAACUGGCGGACAUGAUAGAGAAGGAAAGGUCACGCCAAACGACUAAGGGAACCGCCAUCCUUUAAGCACCUCUCCAUGUGACGUGUGGCGUCACUGACGGCUCCAUUUUCUCUUUUGAUAAAUUUUGGUUGCCUGUUUUCUCUGAAUAUUCAGAGAAAAUAUUGUACGGCUGUAAGCGAAUUUUUAAAAUUGAUUAAGCAAUAUCUGACCCGGAUAAAAGCGCGUUUCGUUGUAAAAGAACACUUCUAAACACGAACGAUGCGUACAUAAAGUAGUGAAUUAUGAUACUUAUUAAUACGUAUAGACUAUAGUUCAAAAUUU